CUCCUUUCUUUUUUAUUGUUUUAUCAUAUCAUUCUUUCAUCAUUCUAUUUUUACAAGUAGUUUCUAUUACGUAUUGUACUUUACAUGUCAUCACGUAAUAGUAGUCCACACGACUCUUCUGGUGAUAUCUCGUCUGACCUACGUCCUGGUACUCGUAUCCAAGUACAAGGGAAAAUUGGCACUAUUCGUUAUACUGGUACCACAAGUUUUCAAACUGGUAAAUGGAUUGGUAUUGAACUAGAUGAACCUCAGGGGAAAAACAGUGGUGUUGUCCAAGGUAAACGUUAUUUUGACUGUCGUACCAACCAUGGUGUCUUUGUUCGUCCUAGUCAAGUCAAACUUCUUCCUUCCUCUCCCUCUCCUAUGAGUCGUAGUGGUAGUGAGGGUGGCUCUUCUACGCGAUCUGGACGCAGUUCUACUGAUUCUUCUCGUUUUGCUCCACCUCUUGAUGCAAACUUGGCAGCAGCUCGAUCAACCCAGCAACGCACACCUUCGCCAUCAUCCACUUUACUUCCUUCUCGACUCUCUUCUCCCCGUCGUAUUCAACAAAGAUCAAGUGCUGGUUCAUCACCUACCGCACCUCGUACUACAAACAAUAUAACGCCUACAGCCAGUCUCACUACAGGUCCACGUAGAAGUUUGAUAGGAAAUAAAACAACAACUACAGCGACGAUAACAAGACCUCGGUCUGGUACUUUGGGAUCAAGUACACAACAACAAAAGGAGAAUACAACAAAGGAACUUCGUCAAGCUCAGCUUCAAAAACUACGAUUAUCACAACAGCAACAACAACAACAACAACAACAAUCUGUACGUCAACUAUUGGAAGAUAAUGAUAGAUACAAUAUUACAACAGCAUCGACCAGAUAUUAUUCUCAACAACAACAACAAGAUGACAAUGAUAAGGAAGAAGAAGAGGAACUGGAAGAUGAUAACCAAGUUAUUCCUAUGGAUUAUACAAGAUCACAUUCCAGCAUUUCUGAUCAAGAUUCUAUGGAUCAAACUCAAUCACCUACUGGCAUUAAAACUACUUCACAUGUUUAUGGUGCUCUUGAUACUUCAAUUCCUAUCAGCAAAUCAGAUCAGACAGUACCUUUGAAAGAUUACGAUGAGCUACGAUUUAAAUUGAAAAUUUUGGAAUCCAAACGACAAGAAGAUCGAGAAAAAUAUAGGGAACACGAGAAAAUCAAAGAAGAAGCAGAACAAUUUUUGACUCUUCGCAACAAAUUACAAGACAAGAUCUCCGAACUUCAAAAGGAAUUACGGGAAGCCAAAAAGGAAAGCAAGGAAAAUGAUGCUGACAGAGAAUCAUUCGAAAUCAAAUACAACGAUGCUUUGGAAUCUUUAGAAAUGAUGACUUUGGAUAAAGAAGUGGCAGAAGAACGCGCGGAACAUCUUCAACAGGAAGUCAAUGUGCUUAAGGACAAAUUAGAGGAAAUCAAUGUGGAUUUGGAUAUUCUUCGAAAGGAUGCUGAUAUCCUCAACCAACCUCCUGAAAAUACUGGUGAUGAAAAAACGCCGUUGGAAGUGAUUCAAUUGGAAAGACAUAAUGAAAGAUUGAAGGAUGCACUUUUAAGGUUACGAGAUGCUACUACUGAACACGAAGCUGAAUUGAAUCGAAGAAUCAAGGAAUUAGAACGUGAAAACCAUGAAUUGACCGAAAUAAGAGCUCAAUUUACCCGCACUAAAGAAAAACUCGAAAUUUCUGAUAACCAAAAUGAAAUUCUCAAGCAAAGAUUGGACGAUGCUUUAGGUGCUGAAGAUUUGGUGGAACAACUUGCUGAAAAGAAUCUCAAUCUUACAGAGAAAUUGGAAGAAUUAUUAUCUGCUGUGGAUGAUCUAGAGGCUUUGAAGGAAUUGGCCGACGAAUUAGAAGAAAAUCACUUGGAAACUGAAAAGCAAUUACAAGCCGAAAUCGAUCAUCGAGAUAUGUUACUAAGGGAACAACUAGAACGUAUACGAUCUAUGGAAGAAACAAGUGCAGACUAUGAAGCAACCAUCCAACAGUUCCGUGAAUUGGUGAUUCAUUUACAGAGUGAUUUGGAACGAUUACGACACAAACAAGAAAGUCAACAAACUGAAAAACAAGAUCUCAGUAGUCAAUCUCAAGCAAUGAUGUCCCUCAAUAUGCAACUGCAAUCGACAGUGAUGAAAGCUCAAGCAAAGGCGAUUGAUUUGGAAUUACGAAAAUUGGAUGCUAUGCAAGCGACAGAUAAACUUAGCUACAUACAACCUUAUCUCCCCGAUGUGUUCUUCAAGACCGAAAACGAUGCCAUCUCUUGUUUCCUCUUAUUCAAACGAUUAGUAUUCAAGUCAGAACUUAUUAUUAAGCAUUUGGAUCAAAAUCAUCCUAUCAGUGAAAAAAUUAUGGACACUGUCACUGAAAAUUUAGUUUCUGUUUGUGAGUUGCGACAACGUGCUGGAUGGUUGAGUGAUAUUGCGAAACGGUUUGUCACCUUUAUCAAGCAUUGUAAACCAGAAAUAUUCACAAAACUUGGACAAGUAUAUCAUGAUCUAGUAGGAACUGAACGAAGAUUGAAUGGUAUUGUUGAACUUCUUCGCACUGAUGAACUCAAUGAGGCUGACUGUAUUUUGGAAUUACAAAGAAUGAUCGCCCAAUUGGAACAUUUGACAGAAGUUUACUUGGUACCAAAUGGACCUUCGAAUCAUGUGGAUCAAUUCUUUGGUUUGACAAGAGCUCUGGACUUCAAUGCAGAUAGGAUGGCAGUUGAGUUCACUUUUGUAAGACAAGCUGUAGAGAACGCUGCAAGAAAAGAUGGUAUCAAGAUCACUGAAGGGUACGAACGAUUGGAUUACGAUUAUUUGGAGCCUCUAUCACGCUUGGUGGUUCAAAGUAAAAAUAGCAAGAUGAUGGCAAGAAAACUUCUUCGUCAACUGGAUGAUCUAGCUGAACAAGCUCUUACCCCAAAAGCAGAACAUUUACAUCGAUUCAAAACCUUAUAUGCCAUUAGUUCCAAAGUUAGUCGAUUCUGUUUCGAGACAUACAAACAAAUCGCAAUUUAUGUGGAUACCAAACGUGGAAGCAAGGAAGAAAUCAGACUUGCCAACAUACAGCAAAUUGUUUACAACAAGGCCGAUGAAAUCUUGGAAAUUGCCGAAAGUACCAUGUGGGAAGGUGCUCUCAACACCUUGAAAUCAUUGACGAAUGAACUAUCGAAUACAUUUACUAGAGUGGAAAGCGACAAUAAGAUGGAUAAAAUUGCUACUGGUACUGCUCCUUGGAUACAACGUGCUUCAGAUAUAAAGGCAGAAGUCAUUGUGGAUCAUGACAAGGAUCGAAAGUUACAACAACAUGCAGAUGAAAUUCUAAAACUGAUUAAGGAUGUUAAGAUGAAGGAUCAAUCACUUCAAGAGGCUGGCGUCAAAGUAGAACUAUUGGAAAAACGCAUGGAGGCUGCAAAGAAACAAGCGGAUCAAAUUAGCGUUUUGCAGGAAACUUUACAAAAAUCACAAUCUCAGGAACAAAUGUAUGCGGAGGCAAUGGAAAAUCUACAAACGGAAUACGAUUCUUUAGAACAAGAAAAUGCAAAACUCAAGAAACUAGUAUCUGUUCAAGAAGAAAGCACUCGAUCAUUAGUGUCCUCAUCAUCCGUUACACCCAAGAAACCUGAGUAUGACAUGGCGGAAGGAACAUCUACUCUGGAAACUUCUUCUAGUAGCUUGAUGACAAUGUCGCAACAGGUGGACUCUUUGAAAUCAGCUAUUCGAUAUUUACGUGCAGAAAAUGCUCAUCUCAAAUCUUGUGAUAUGGCUCGAUCUAUACAAUUGGAUCAAUUACCACCAGUCAUUAGUAUCUCUCAACAAAAACAAACAUCACCAUCAUCAUCUAUCAACUCUGUCUCCAAGGACAGUGACGACCAAUCAACGACAACAUUAUCAACAUUAGUAACAGAAGAGGACGACAAUGGAAAGAAUAAAGAUAGUGUUCGAUCAUUGAUUCGAUCGUAUGCUAUGGAGACACGAGCUCUUUUGAAAGAUAUCCGCACAGCCAGUGCUUCGCCUAAAUUGAUCUCUUUGGCUCCUGAUCAUCGCAAUGGCAAAUGGCAACGACGCAAGCAUACUCCCGAAUAUCAAUACCAAACUCAGCAGUCUGUCCUGUAUACCCUCAAACAACGCAGUGAUACACUUCGAAUCAAAAUGGAAAAGCUACAACCAACACAGAUAUCAACUGAAGCAAAAGAAAAAACGACUGCUAUGUCCAAUAUGAUAUCCACAUCCCUCGCCAAAAUCCAAUUGCCUCGUCGAAAUAUAUUAUCAUCACCAGCUCAUCAUUGUGUCCAGUUACAAAGCUUCAAGGAAUUCGAACGUAUACAUACUCUAUUUAUCCAUUGAUAUACACUUUUGUUAGAAAUAAAAGAAUUUAUCUACACCGUAGAUUUUUGUUGAAUAAAAACAGAAAUAUUUUACUUUA